AUGGAGCUCGCGGAGGCCGUCCGGUGCGAGGCCGCCUUCGGGAUGCGCGUGCUCCAGCACCUCGCGGCCGAGCCCGGCGCCGGCGGCAAGAACCACGCCGUGUCCCCGCUCUCCAUCCACGCCGCGCUGGCGCUCCUCGGCGCGGGCGCCCGCGGCGCCAUGCUCAACGAGAUCGUCGCCCUCCUCGGCCCCGCCGGCGGCCGCGCCCACGCGCUGCUCGCGUCGCACGUCGCCAUGCACGUGUUCGCCGACAGCAGCGGCGGCGACGGUGGGCCGAAGGUGCAGUUCGCCAACGCCGUCUGGGUCGACGCCACGGCGGCGCCCCUCAAGGCCGACUACGCCCGCGUCGUCGCCCAGCACUACGCCUUCAAAACCAUGCCGGAGGAAGCGAGGCGCGAGAUCAACGAGUGGUUCGAGGCGGCGACGGCGGGCCGGAUCAAGGAGUUCCUGCCUCAGGGCUCCGUGGGGUACGACACGGCGGCCAUCCUCGGGAACGCACUCUACUUCAAGGGCGUCUGGGAGAGCACGUUCGACGCCCGGCUCACGCGGCACGACACCUUCUUCUACCAGCAGCCCGCCGGCGGCGAGGGCCAAAUCCGCGUGCCGUUCAUGUCGAGCGGUGAGCGGCAGUACAUCGCCUGCCGCCCGGACUACAAGGUCCUGAAACUCCUCUACGCGUGCGGCAGCGGCGAGCACCGGCGGCGGUUCGCCAUGCACGUCUACCUCCCGAACGAGCGCCACGGGCUGCAGGCGAUGCUGCACAGGCUGGCCUCCAGCCCGGAGCAGCUCGAGGCGGACUCCAUGGCGCUGCGGACCACCGUUGCCGUGGGCACAUUCAAGGUGCCAAAGUUCACCAUAUCGUACAAGACGGAGGCGAGCGGGAUGCUGCAGCGCCUUGGGCUGCGCCUGACGUUCAGCACCGCCUCCGACUUCUCGGGGUUGCUGGAUUUGGAACACAUGAAGCCGCCGAGGCUGCCGCUCUACGUGUCCCAAGUCUAUCACGAGUCCUUCGUGGAGGUGAACGAAGAAGGGACCGAAGCGGCUGCGGCGACAGCCAUCGUUGGUAUUUUCGGUAGUUGUUCGGCGGUCUGCAGCAGGCCAGUCAACUACGUGGACUUCAUCGCUGACCACCCCUUCAUGUUCUUGAUCAAGGAGGAGCUCACAGGCGUCGUUGUGUUCGCCGGCCAAGUCGUCGAUCCUUCGCUCUAGAUUUUUGCUUCUUCGUAGUCAUAGAUAUGUUCUGCAGGAUCUAGAUGGUAAAUUUCUGGAGCACUAUUAUGUGUCAUUCGAAUAAGUGAAGUACUUCAGGGACGAUGUUCGGCUGGACGACACUCACCUGACGGCUGAUCAAACCGUAUGCUACGGUGUAGACUUGCCCACGGAUUGUUAGAUAUAG